GCGUAAUGGUGAGAAGAAGUCACUGCGAGCAAAUUUAUUUGAUGUAAAGUACCUAGCAUUGAAAUCAAGAUCAACUGACCACACAAGCUGUCACUGCAGCGGGCUCAAUCUUACUCGACAGUGUGUAAACAAUAACAUCGGUCAUCUAAUGGGAGCGCGGGACUGAUUCUCCUCAAUCCUCCACUCACUGUCUGCUAUUCACCCACAGUCCCACACAGGCCAACACUGACUGACCUCCUGGGUGGCUGCACAAAUACCACUCAGGCUUUCAAGACUCAACCUCACCAGGACCUUCUUACAGAAAACAAAUUAACUCCACCGCAUAUAGCCUGAACACCUCACCACCACACACCACAUCUUUGGGGCACACAUCCUGCACGUCCCCAACAAACCCCCAAGAAGAAGAUUCUCCUCAAUUGUAUCUUCGCGGCACUGGUUUCGAUUAACCUCAAUGUCGUCUUUAAUUUCUGACAAAGAUGCUGCUGAAGCUUCAUCAUCAACAGGAGGAGGAAGUUACAUUAAAUCAAGCUAUAUUGAUGUCACAAGUAGACAGGGCAAAGAAGGUUUAUCAGCAUUCUCUAAAGCAUUCACCAACCUGAAAAAAUCUGAGUUUUAUGAAGAACCUCCACCAGAAGCAAAGACAACAAAUGAACCAAAACAGAAACCAUUGAGUAAACCUGCAUCAAAAAAUUCUGUUGUUGUUAAUCCAAAACAAAGAGGUAACCCAAUACUAAAGUUUAUUCGUAAUGUUCCCUGGGAGUAUGGAGAGAUAGUGCCAGAUUAUGAAAUGGGAGCCAACAAUUGUGCCUUGUUCCUCAGUCUUCGAUACCACAACCUGAACCCAAAUUACAUCCAUGAGCGUCUGAAGCAGCUUGGCCAUCAGUAUGAACUUCGGGUUCUCUUGGUGCUGGUUGAUGUUAAGGAACCACACCAUGAGCUGAAGCAGCUGACAAAGAUCUGCUUUUUAGCUGAAAUGACCCUCAUGUUAGCAUGGAGUCAGGAAGAAGCAGGGCGCAUGAUUGAAGUCUACAAGAUAUAUGAGAAUAAACCACCGGAUAUGAUAAUGGAAAAACAAGACUCUAAUCCUUACUCAAUGCUUAUUGAUGCACUAACAUCAGUGAGGAGUAUUAACCGCACCGAUGCAAUGACACUCCUGUCAACGUUUGGCUCUCUAGAAAAAAUAGUUCAGGCAACUGAAGAGGAGCUGGCUUUUUGUCCUGGGAUGGGUCCUCAAAAGGCAAGUAAACUAUACAAAGUCCUGCAUCAGAACUUUAAAAAGUGACCAAGACUACAACUUAUAAAAUGAAAUCUGGUAUAUUAAAGUAUUUCACAGGAUAUGAGAGAGAGAGAGAGAGAGAGAGAGAGAGAGAGAGAGAGAGAGAGAGAGAGAGAGAGAGAGAGAGAGAGAGAGAGAGAGAGAGAGAAUAUGUGAGCUAGGUCUAAUGAAGUGAUGAGAUGUGGAAUGAGAUAUAUGAUGGUUCUUACAAAAUUUGUACUGUACAAAAUUCUUAGGAUCUGCAGGCCCCACCUUUGAUGUGUAACAAAUUAAUAAAGUUUAAGUAUGUGACUGUGUGAUAUUUGUAUACAUUUUGUAACUUUGUAAAUAAAAUUGUGUACAAAAUACUAUUA